AAUUAUUGUAGAUUUAGAUGUCAAAGGGAACGGAAAAUGAAAAGCUGGUAGAGCAGAAGAAGAAACAGGGAGAAAAACCGGAGCGAGAAUCAAGUAAAUUCGGUGAACUGCCGUUGACGCUGAGUGAACGGUUGGCAAAAUUGGAUGCAAAUGAUUAUCUAAACCGUUCACCGGAUGACGCGCGAUGGUUCGACCGAAAAUACAAUCGGAAACAACAGACCUCGUCUGAUGGACCGCUGUGGACAGCUCCAAAAGAUGCUCGCUAUCAGCAAAUAAAAAUGGGACGCCAUUGCGUCGAUUAUUACCAGGAUUAUUAUCGAUGCACCAAUUUGUUGGGUGAAAAUUACAAACCAUGCAAAUUCUUUUAUAACACUUUUAUGGAUCUUUGUCCGUCAUCGUGGGUAGAAAAAUUUGAUGAAUGGAGAGAAGAAGGCAUAUACCCGGCACAUUUUGAUCGUUAACAUUUAGGUACUCUAAGGAUGAAUCUCUCCUUCGCUACACGAUAAUUUAGGCUGUAUUAAAUAAAGUUUUCUAUAACUGUGCUCUUGCUAUGUUUUAUUUUUCCAGCGUUAAAGUCUUUAGGCUUUGCUUGUAAUCGUCUUAUUCAUAGUAUAUAUUGUUCAUCGUCAUUAGUUUUCCCUUAUCUAAAUAUGUUAUUUCUUCAUAUCUAAGUAGUCUUUUUGCAAAUGAUUUUUUGUAUAUUUCUCUCAGUUUUGUAAGCUACGCUGAAAACGUUGAUAUACUUUGCGUUGAAAAUGCUGUAAUGUAUAACAUUUCAUUUGGAGUGAGGAG